AUGGAACAGCAAAGCGUCCUGCGGGACUGGGCAACAUGGGCCUUCUCGCCCUCGCUCUCCGUCAUCGUCGUCACCGUGCUCAUCACCCUCCUUGUCCCUCUCAUCCUCCACUACCUCCUCCACCGGCAGUCCGACUCGACAGAUGUCCCUACCUUCCUGCUCAUCGGCCCAAGCGGAGGCGGCAAGACGAGUCUCUUCACUCUUUUCACCAACGGCACCCUCUCCACCACCCACACCAGUCAACUCCCGCACACGGCCACCUGCCGCCUUCCCUCCAGCACCAGCGAUUCUUCCGAUUUUGAAAGCGAAGUUUCCCCACGCAAUUCGGAAUUCGUCCUCCUCGACACCCCCGGGCAUGGCAAACUGCGGCACCAUGCACUCACCUCGCUCACUUCUCCCUCCGCUCUCAAAGGGCUUAUAUUCGUCGUCGACAGCGCGGCCGUCAGUUCUGCACAGGGUCUGACAGAAGCAGCGGAGUUCCUGCACGAUGUGCUGCUCGUGUUGCAGAAGAGGUAUGUGCGGGGCAAGAGGACGGUCGCCGUGCCGGUGUUGGUUGCGGCGAAUAAGCAAGAUGUCUUUACUUCUUUGCCCGCUGGGUUGGUGAAGAGUAGGCUGGAGGAGGAGGUUGGGAAGGUUAGGCUGACGAAGAGUAAGGGGUUGUUGGAUAGUGGGAUUGGGAUGCAGGGUGGUGCUGGAGAGGACGAUGGGGAUGAAGAGGAGGGAAACUGGCUUGGGGAGUUUGGAGCCAAGGAGUUUGCGUUCGCGCAGAUGGAGGAGUACGGAAUCGAUGUCGCCGUUGUUGGUGGGAGAUUAAAAGGCGAGGGCGAUGAGGCGGGACAGGUGAAAGAGUGGUGGGACUGGAUUGGUGGGAAUCUAUCAAGAUGA